AUGUUGACAAGAAUCGCCACUCGAUGCCGCCCUUCUCUCCCCAAAAUUCCGCUGCUACGCCCGCUGAGAAGCCUGCUGGCGGCGCAUCCGGUGGCUCCGCUAGUAUCCCUCCACCACCUUGACGUUGUAGAUCCGAUAUUCCCAGGGUUGAGCCGGGUGGAGGGGGUGCGAAGGUUGUUGGAGUCGGUGUGCUACGACAAGGACAAGUACUGGUCCAUAUCGGUGUCGUGGGGGUACGUGGUGCAGGUGAUGAGGGGCAUCAUCUCCCCCAGGGAGCUGGAGAUGCCCACAAGAACCUUCCUCAACUGGUACAAAAGAGCGGACUACACCGCCUACGCCUUCAACACAAGGCCAGUUGCCCGCCAUCCCUGCCAGAAGCCCUUCCUCUUCUACCUCACCUCACUCCGCUACGACCACAAAAGGAGGCAGAUAGUAGGCGUCUACUCACGCCACAACGAGUCCCACCCAUAUUGCCGCUGGAAAAGCGACUCGCCCGACAAACUAAACACCGUCAUCGUCUUGAAAAGGUCCGACGGUGACAGGUGGCUCAGGUCGCCGAGAAGGGACUGCUGGAGGGUUUUGCCGACCAGAAGGGUUUCGGUGAUGUAUCUAUGGGUGGGGAAUUGCAGAUCAGGUGAGAUAACUGAAUUGUAG